AUGGAGGUCAACAGAUCGGGUCAGUUGGUCCAGCUUGACCAGGACAGUCUGCAGGAUUCAGAUGUAUGCCAGACACCAUGGCCAGACAGAGAAAAUGCAGGUCCGUCCCCCGAAAUACUUGAACCCGACACCCAGAACUGGAACCAAGAUGAGGCAAACAGCCUGCAGACAUCAACACGUCCUGGGACCAAAGUUGAUCGACCCAUUCAUAACCUAGACAGGCUGAAGACAGCCAAGGCCUAUGCAGAUAAAGCUGUCAAGAUGCAUAAGAUAUUCUCUGUCCAGGGCCCUUACCCUGUCAUUCGGGCGGCGUUGAGGGCUCGAGGCUGGGUGGAGCAGCGCAUGCACUGCUCCCGGACGCAGGCGCAGAAGCGCCAGUGCAGUGGGAGCAGAGCCGCCUGGCACAAUGCUGGGGACAGCGAUGAAGAGAACUCAGAUGAGGCUGAAAAAGAACAGGAUACCAAUGGAUUCCAUGAUUUAAUGUCUCGUCUGGUGCGAAAUGAAAUGGUUAAUUUUUACUGGACAAACAGGAGAGAUGCCAUCAGAGCUAACUUCUUACAGAAAGAACAGAUUAUUAAUCAUUUUGCAAAGGCUGGCACCUUUACCACCAAGGCAGGGCUGUGUGUAAACCUGAGGAACCUUCACUGGUUUGAUUCAGCUGACCCAGACACCUUCUUCCCACGCUGUUACAGAUUAGCUGCCCUAGAUGAGAGGCAUGCUUUCAUUGAGGACUACCGGCAGACAGCUUGCACCAGUCUUCUGAAGCAUAUUGUUGAAGGGGAACAAGAUAUUCAAAGAGAGGGAACGGGCCUCAGCACUCUGACUGUUUGUGGUCAAAGGAAACAAAGCAAACGGCUCUCCAAACAGUUGGUAAAUUCCCAAAUAAUCAACAGUGCACUCAAAGUAUGCCAGGGCUACCUGGAGAGUUUGGACCACAGGGACAUAGAGACCAGCUCGGCAACGCCACACACACUAACACAGGAGGAGUGGGCAGAGUUUAUUGACGCUUACUACCGUGUUGUUCACCGUGGAGCAACGUUUGAAACCAGUGAUUGUUUAGUGAGCUGCUGCAAGGCCAUGCUGCAGAGGCUGGAGGAAAAAAGCCCACAGCUGGCCAUAGAUGGCACACACAACAUCUGGAUCAUCAAACCUGGGGCAAAGUCGAGAGGCAGGGGCAUAAAGUGCUUCAAGCGCCUUGAUCAGAUCCUGCGUCUGGUGGACAGUGAUCCAAUACUUGUCAAGGAUAGUAAGUGGGUGGUGCAGAAGUAUAUCGAGCGCCCCUUGUUGGUCCAUGGCACCAAGUUUGAUGUGCGCCAAUGGUUUCUGGUUACCAACUGGAACCCACUGACUGUGUGGUUCUAUAAAAAGUGCUAUCUGCGCUUUUCCACACAGCCAUAUUCACUUGAUACACUGGAAAGCUCGGUGCACUUGUGCAAUAACUCCAUCCAGAAGCACCUGAGGCCUUCUCAGCAGCGUCAUCGGGGCAUUCCAGCAGACAACAUGUGGCUGGAUCAGCAGUUCAGGGCCUUUUUGGCCAGUCAAGGCAAAGCAGCUCAGUGGGAGGCUGUGGUGGUUCCAGGAAUGAAGAAAGCAAUUAUCCACGCAUUACAGACGGCACAGGAUCUGAUGGAGUCACGCAAAAACACAUUUGAGCUCUACGGCGCUGAUUUCAUGCUAGGUCAAGACCUGCAUCCAUGGUUAUUAGAAAUCAAUUCCAGUCCCACUAUGGCGCCUUCAACCCCUGUAACGGCCAGUCUCUGCGCUGCAGUGCAGGAGGACACACUGCGAAUUGUUCUGGACCGGAGAGAUGAUCGCAAUGCAGACACAGGAGACUUCCAACUCAUAUACAGGCAGGCAGCAGUAGAGGUGCCUCAAUACAUAGGCAUCAACCUUCUUGUUGAAGGAUUCGCCAUUAAGAGCCCCAGCCCACUUCCUCCGCUGAAGCACUCCCACCAUUCAGCACCAAAACGCCGGGGCCGCAUCAAAGAGAAGGAUGGGGGAAAAGUCACACCUUUGCCAAAGAUGCUGCUGAAGAGUUUAGAGUUCAAGAACAUUAACAGUGUGGUGCUGCCCCCUCCUCCUCCAGAGCCACUUGAGCCGAGCCCAGUUGAAACGCUCACACUGUACUUGCCAAUGACAGAUAACAAGUCUGUUAAGUCUGAUCCACUUGAUGGCAAGUCAUCUUCUGGGCUUUUUUGGAGGAGGGCGGCAGAGGUAUCAAAUGUGUACUCAGAGAAGCUCCAACUGUGCACAACAGACGACCAAAAAGGGUCUUUGUUGCAGGAGAUUACAGCUCCCACACAGCCCAAACAAGAAGUCUCUGGCCACACAAAUGCCUGA